AUGCACAACGUCCACAAGCCAGUUCGUUUUCUUAAUUACUUCCGAUACAAUUAGCACCAUCAAAUGCACGAAAUCCACUGACUCAAUCUUUCAGUCUGUUCCUGGAACCUACGCCAUCUACGAAAGUCUUCGCGAUGGUGUUGAAAUCGGUCUCAACGGACAUGUUCGCAAUAGUCAUCACAAGUAACUUUGUUUUUAACCAAGGAACAUCUAGUCUAUAACUUCAAGGGACUUUUCUGUCGAGCUCCUUUCUGGACCUCAUAUCGUCCUGCAUGUCAACUUCCGCUUCCAUCACGACCACAUCGUCUGUUUGAACUCUGCUAGCCACGGAAACUGGGGACCAGAAGUGAGUUUUCGAGUUGAAAUGGAUGUUGUUGUAAUUUUAACGUUUCCAGCUUCGCCACAGCAAUCCUCUCAAACACGGAGAACACUUCCAUCUAAGCAUCAAGGUCCACUCUGGAUAUUACCACGUAAGCUUUCUUUCCCAUUGAUUUGUUUCAUUCAAACAAUAGAUCUCUGUGAAUGGCGUACACCUUGCCGACUUCCCUCAUCGGUUCCCGGUCGAGUCUGUCCAAGCCGUUGGCCUCAAGGGAGAUCUUCACGCCGACGAGAUCACUUUCGAAGGAUUCGACUUCCACCGAGGCAUCUCAAAAAAAGAAAAAACCCGGAAUGAACUCAAAUUUCAGACUGGAAUGCGCAACAUGACUUUGGACAUUCUGGUUACAACUCAUAUGGCACUGAGAGCUAUGUCGCGCCUUCGGUAAGAUACCAGAACAUUUUUUCCAAAUGAAAAAGGCUAAAUUUUCAGUUCAACGAAGGACAUUCCUACAACGCCUAUUUCUAA